AUGGGAUCAAUUUGGUCCUUAUUCGCUCCUUCACUACUCCAGCAGCCAUGGAGGGAGGUGUCAGAGAAGGACAAGAGAAAUCUUGAGUUUGUGAAAUCUUACCAGCCUGAAAACAAACAGGUCAAACAUCUCAGGAUUCUGCUUCAUGGACCAGUUGGUGCUGGAAAGUCGAGCUUCAUCAACUCUGUCAACACUGUUUUAAGAGGCAGACCUGCUGGUGGAGCUGAGACAGAUGCAAUCUCUGGGAGCAGCUACACCUCAAAGACCUUCAAAUUUCACAAAAGUCCAGGGGCCAAAUACUCUUUUGUUUUCAAUGACAUCAUGGGCCUUGAGAAAGAUUUUGACGGUGGAAUCAAUGUGAAUGACGUCAAACUGGCCCUGAGAGGACACGUGAAAGAAGGUUACAAGUUCAACACUGGUCAAGAACUGAGGGAGGGUGAUGAUGGCUACAACUCCUUUCCCACUUUGGAAGACAAAGUUCAUGUUCUGGUGUGUGUUGUUCCUGCGGACGCAGUGUCUAGGUUAAGUGAUCAGAUUGUGAAGAAGAUUAGAAACAUCAGACUUGCAGCCAGUGAACUGGGAAUUCCCCAUCUGGCUAUUCUCACCAGAGUUGAUGAAGCCUGUCCAGAGGUUAAAAAGGACACAAGCAAUAUCUAUAAGAGCAAGUACCUGAAGGAAAAGGUUGACAGAUUCCACCAGAUGCUGGGCCUUCCACUGAACUGCAUCUUCCUUCUGAAGAACUACAGUCAUGAAAUUGAGUCAAAUGACAAAAUGAACGCUGCAAUACUUUGCGCACUGAAACAGAUGGUUACGUAUGGAGAAGACUACCUCAACGACCUGUAAACAUGAAUUCCCUUGAGGCAAAAACACAGAAUGCGAUUUGUAGGGGAAUAAGGAAAUAUUCAGUCAAUUUUUACUGUCUUUGUCAAGCAGGCAAGCUUGAAGCAUGAAAUAUGGAAUACAAAUGCAUACAAAUUAA